AUGGAAGCACUUUGGAAUCUAGAAGAUAAAUGGAAGCUUUCCACACAAGAAGCAAUCCUCUUCUUCGCAUGCACCGUUUUCCUCAUUGUGGUGGUUGUCGGGUUUUGUGCCGCCACAGUGUGGCGGCAGAGAGCUACAAAAACCAUUCAAGACGGUGGCGGCGUGGUGGACCCGCCGGGACAUUGGGUGACAGUGAAGAAGGCUUUGACGGGGUCGGUGCGGUGGAGCAAGGCGAGUAAAUGGGGCGGUGAUUUGAGUGCUAGCCGGAAAGAGCAGCCCACUCCGUUGCUGGCCAGAGGUGGCGGCGAAAAGGGGUGGCCCAGCCAUAAUGCGGUGUCUCCGGUGUGGCAGCGGCCGAUACUUAUGGGCGAGAAGUGUGAGCUGCCGAGGUUUAGUGGGCUUAUUCUUUAUGAUGAAGGAGGGAAGCCGUUAGAUCAAGCACGUGCUCCUAAUAUCCAGGAACAGCCUACGGUUAGAGCUACUUUGCGAGAUCUUUUAUAGUUCUUUUCUCUUUUUUCCUUCUUUGUAUCAAAAAAAUUAUAGUAAAUCAGUCACUUUUUUGUUCAAA